AUGGCGUGCCUAGUUUGGAACUGCCAGGGCGCUGCAUCAAGAUCUUUCAAGCGUGCCCUGAGCUUUCUUUCUUUGACUCAUAAACCACUUAUUGCUUGCUUAUUGGAACCAAAAGUGUCUAGCUCCCAUGCCAACACAAUCUGUUCUAGUUUAGGCUACGAAGAAUGGGUCCGAGUUGAAGCAGUAGGCUUCUCGGGCGGUAUUUGGGUCCUAUGGAAGGACUCAAUUAACAUUGAAGUUAUUGAUACUCACCCUCAAUUCAUUACUUUGCAGGUACAUCAUGCAGAACUUGGUGUGUGGAGGCUCUCAGUCAUAUAUGGGAGUCCAAACCCCUACCUUAAAAGGAAGCUGUUUGCUGAUUUAACGACCAACACCUCAGACUACCAAGGCCCAUGGUUAUUAGCUGGGGAUUUUAAUGCAGCCACAUCACGCGAGGAAGUGAACAACCCUGAGAAUUUUUCCACAACAAGAUGCUCAGAUUUCAACGAAUGGUUAUUCCGUGAAGGGUUGAUAGAUUUGGGCUUUACAUGA